GACCGACAAUCGAUUACUCACUCAUCAUAACCUGAAUACAGUACUUUUACUCUUUGCUCAAAUAGAACAACCCCAUUGCUGUUUUACUGCUGAGGUGAAUGAAAAUGUAAAACUGGGCUAUGUCCGCAAGGGGGCGCCCUGACACAUUACUCCAGAGUGGGUUAAAAAAAACGUAUGUGCGUGCGCGCGCGAUAUAUAAACCACGGUUUAAAAAAUAUUGAUGUAUUUUCUCAACCUUUAUUAUCGAAGUCGGUGAAUGAAUCCCAACACCUGAUUAGUUACUCGGAAAAUCCGCUGCACGAUGAUGGAUAUUGGACUGUCCGGAUGGAUUGUCCGCGUGAGCACCGCUCAGCGGCGCUCACUGACAUUGAUGGGUGCAUGGGCAAAUUCAUGAACACUGCAAGAUGGACCAUGGAAUUAAAUUUGUAAAAGGACGCGUUUUACUUUAAUAAAAUGUAUUCUGUAUUUUGGUGCAUCUCUUAACAUCUUUUGUAAUUGACAAGCAUGUUUCAUUCGCACUAGUUAUACGCGAAAGCAAAAUAAAUUGAAUAAGAAUUUGCUGAAUGAACUGGUUCUGUUGAAGGACUAUAUCGAUUCAAGAAAAUGAAUUAAAUCUGCGUUUUUUGCUGUGAAGAAUCUGAAUAAUCACGGAAGGUCGAGGGACUGCAGCUUUUCGUCAUAAAAACAAGUUGACAUCUAUCAAAAUGAGCUGAUGCACAUUUUCAAAAUUGACCGGUAAUUGACAAAAGUGGUACAUUGUAUUAGCAUUGGCAUUUUGGGAGUUUACCUCUCGAUUUACAUUAAUGGUAUAGUAAUGUACACAAAUUGAUGAUCCCAUUAACCCUCCCCCCACGCCCAAUGUAUCUGCGGUCAUGUGGAAAUGACUGAUGCUGGAAUCUUUUUCAAGACUCCGUCAUUUUUGCUUCCUUUGCGACUGAGACGAAAUUACUAAAACAAUCAGGGCCCACAUGAAUCAUGACUUUUUUCCUCCAAUCUGGAACCAAUGCGUGAAGACAACAAAUGACGUCACGUCCGGGAAGUUGGGAAUAGCAAACGACAGCUGAGAUGUUUUCAUCAAGCGACAUUGGAAGUGGUUGUUAAAGGCAAGAUCUACUUGGUGGCAACCCAAUUUCGGCCGACACCUGCCAUACCAGAUGACUUGAGUCCACGUCAAAACAGGGGGAAACUGUACCAAAGACAGAGCAAUGGAGUCUCCAGUGUGCCAGGAAGGCCGAACCUUUGUGGAGGUGAUCAAUGAAAAGUACAGCCCUGAGAACUUUCCGUGUCGUCGAGGGCUUGGAAUGGGGGUGGUGGUGGUGGUGCCCACUGCAUGUCCUCAAGGGUCCCCCAUGAAAGACCGCCUGAACUUGCCCAGUGUCCUGGUGUUAAAUGGAUGUGGAAUCAGCAAGGCAGGUGACCAGAGUGAAAUUGCAGCCUUUUGUGCCCAUGUCAUGGAGCUGGACCUGUCCCACAACAAGCUGCAGGACUGGCAUGAGAUCGGUAAGAUUGUGUCAAACAUCCCCAAUCUGGAUUUCCUUAAUCUGAGCUACAACCCGCUAGGAGGGAUGACGCUUGAGCCACAGUGCGCUGAAGCAUUUUCUCGGGUCCGACGUCUCGUCCUCAACAACACCCAAGUGUGCUGGGACACUGUGAUGCUGCUCACCCGUGAGAUUCCCGAGCUCGAGGAGUUGUUCGUGUGCCUUAAUGAGUAUAGUGGCGUGCGAGCUUCCAGUGUGGCCUGCCCCAAUCUCCGCCUGCUGCACAUCACGGACAACAGCCUGCACGACUGGGCCGAAGUACGCAAGUUUGGAUCCAUGUUCCCUGGCCUGGACACUCUGGUCAUGGCCAACAACAACUUGGCGUCCAUCCAGGACAGCAAAGAUAUCCUGCAACGGCUCUUCCCCAACCUUCGCAGCAUCAACCUCCACAACUCAGGUCUUAAUCGAUGGGAAGACAUUGAGAAGCUCAACUUCUUUCCUAAACUGGAAGAAGUGCGAUUACAAGGAAUCCCCUUACUGCAGACGUACACAACUGAGGAGCGGCGCAGCCUGAUGAUAGCGCAGCUUCCCUCGAUAUCACUGCUGAAUGGAAGCGUUGUAACUGAAAGUGAGAGAGAAGAUGCUGAGAGGUUCUUCAUCCGUUACUACUUGCACUGUCCUGAGGAGGAGCUGCCUCACAGAUAUCAUUGUCUGGUCAACAAGUACGGGAAGCUGGAACCUCUGGCUGAGAUCGAUCUCCGGCCACGCUGCCAUGCUCAAAUUGAGGUUCACUGCGAAGAAAAAGUGGAACAGCUCAACAUCCGUUUAGACCAGACGGUGGCCGAGCUGAAGAAGCAGCUGACGUCAGUGGUGCAGCUGUCCACCAGCAGCAUGAGGCUGUAUUAUAUUGACAAGAGCAGCGCUUUUGGCCCGGAUGAGCUCAAGUACAACACGCGAGCUCUUCACUCCUACAAUAUCCAAGAUGGUGAUGAGAUACUUGUUGUGCCCAAGACCAAGUGAACGGUUGGCUUCCAGACUGAACGGUUCAUUGGAUUAAUUGUGGAUUGCUUAACCGGCAUUGGAAAACAAUGACAACAAAGUGUGUAUCUCAUUGCUCCGGAGCCUGCGUGAUAACAUAAAAAGUUAAACGAAGAUGAGUUUCAUCCUGGUCUCUCAGCAGUGGAUCACAAGUGGGCUGCUGGGAUUCCACUCUGGAUAGAAUUAUAUCUUUAUUUACUGUAUUUUGCAUAGUUUAGGGCAUCCACGAGGUGCAGCAAAUGGAGAAGAGCUCAGGAGAGAAAACUUGCAGGCAGAUCGAAGCUUCCGAUGGGAUCUCACUACUGCACCUUUAUCUGUGUACAAAUGCACCACAACUGCACCGGCGAGUACACAACACUACUUGAUUGGCCAAUAGUGGCAAAAGCUACUGUGAACCAUCAAGAGGCAACGCUGCUGAGUGGAACCAAUGAUACAACAUCAUCUGCAUAGAGAAAGUGUUGAGAAAUAUUGGUUCCCAGUUGUCCAAUUGUGACUUAAUUAACAUCUGAUACACAUCAUCUUGAUCCAUGUUCUUUGUGUUUAUUUCAUGGCGGUGGCGUACCCCCAUUUCAAAUCAUACUCCCAAAAUACAUAAAUGGGUUCAAGAGUGAGAAAACAUACUUCAGAAUUUUAAUGGAUGGAUCUUGUUUAAAAAUGGGACAUAGAGUACAACCCAGGUGUUUGUGCUUAAUCCAUUCUACAAAGUCUGACCAAAACACAAUUGAGCAAAAUCCAAAGCGUUACCUGUAUUUCCCAUUUGAAGAAAUGUAAAUUUAAUUAAUCAGUUCCAGACACCCCAAAAUAUUAACAUCAGUCGUCGAGUGGUUCGCGCGUUGACCUCACAGUGCAGAGGUACCAGGUUCGAUUCCAGCUCUGGCUUUCCUGUGUGGAGUUUGCAUGUUCUCCCUGGGCCUGCAUGGGUUUUCUCCGGGUAAUCGGGUUUCCUUCCACAUUCCAAAACUAUGCAUGGUUGAUUGACCACUCAAAAUUGUCCCUAGGUGUGAGUGUGAGCGUGGAUGGCUGUUAGUCUAUGUGUGCCCUGCGAUUGGCUGGCAACCGGUUCAGGGUGUCCCCUACCUAAUGUCCGAAGACAGCCUGGGAUUGGCUCCAGCACCCACUGCGACCCUUGUGAGGAUAAAGCGAAUCAGAAAAUGGAUGGAUAUUCCAUACAGGUUAUAACUAUACAAAUGGAAAUGUUGUGAAAUCAAUAUAAAUCACAAACGAAUUGAAUAAUUCAAACUUCAUUGAAGAAUUUUGAUGCUCUAAAAACCGCCAGAAGCGUGGAGAGAAGUCAUUUGUUGAAUUGUUGUCUCUUGAAUUCCGUAGUUUUUCCAUCUUUUUCAAAUGUCUCGUACACAAAAACCUUUAGGCAUGUGGUGUAAAAAGGGUUCGGGAGAUGACAAGGUAUAUUCCACAAAGGAAGUUUUUCACACACACACAAACAUUUUCAUCGGAACAUAGGUAAAACAUCUUGUCAAAAGUUAGGACUUCAAAAUAAAAAUAGAGUAUGUUUCACCACACUUGCUUUGGAUCCAUAGUGGCUUGUUUAGCCGUGACAGCGGCACUCCAGCUGUUUAGUUCUUGUGUGAAUGUAGUUGACACCAGGAGACCCAAGAAAACGUGGUUGGCUUUUAUCUUGUGGGUCUGACUUUUAACAAGAUGUGACAACAAAAUUACCUGAGUGUUGCAGAGCAGACUGGGAGUAUUAGUGCUUUGAAUUGUUAAUAAACACUUGCAUCGUGGAGUAAACCUUGUCAUGUGUUGAACUGUGUACAUGCAACUUAGGAAAGGCUUCCAAUGAACUCGUCUCAAUUCCAGGAAAUAAAUGGUCUACUCACGUUUUUUAAAAAUACAAAAACCAUGCGAAUGUCUGAAAAAAAUCAAGCAAAAAAAUGGUGAAAUCUAAUCAUGUGAAAACUAGGGCGUACAAGUUUCCACUGUAUCCUUUAUCCUCAUUGUAUUGUCUAGAGCUGUGCCUAAAUGUCCACUUUUCCCUACAAGUACACUAUUAAGGGGUUCCGUAUCAAUCAAACUUUAUUUAUACUGUAUAGCACUUUUCAUACAUAAAAAUGCAAUUCAAAGUGAUUUACAGGUAAAAAUUUCAAACUUAUGACAUAAAAAGAGGACCCCCUCCUCCCCUCAACAUAUACAAAUAUAUAUCCCCACAAGCAAACCUAUGCUCACACACACACACACACACACAAAACAUGGCAAGGCACAGAGAAACCAUAUGAGGUGGAAAAGAAACGAUAUAUAUAUAUAUAUAUAUAUAUAUAUAUAUAUAUAUAUAUAUAUAUAUAAUAUAGUGUGUGCGUGUGUGUGUGUGUGUGUGUAAAUAAUGUAUGGGAGUCUGAAGGUCCAAGGAGAAUAAAUGUAGAGCACUCAAAAAUAACCGCAAUGCACUUGGGAAAAGUAGUGUGUGCAUCGAUGUUCACUCAACAGGUUCAUGUCGGCUGCGAUAUAUUGCGAACAGGAAAACAUGCCCCAAAUAUCAAAGCGAGACAGUUACUCCACCUCAGAACUCAUUUUAUCAUUGAAUUGUAAAAAUAUAUGCCACAAAGGAAAUAAAAUAUAGUAGUGUGUUUUUGUUUAUUUUUUUUUUCUGACAUGAUGAAAGCUCUUUCAAUCGGUUUGGUUGUGUUUUCAAUGACAUUUGCAGAUGCAAUGUUUCUCUAGAAUUCUGAGUUCAUUUUGCUGCUGUUCAGGAGUGUUCGGGAGCCUGACACCAGCUCACCCCUUUUUUUAAAUCGUGACCAGGUCCUUUCUGUCUCCGAACUUGAGUCCUUCCAUAAAGUAGACUGUAAAGUGUCUUUACUGUAAUUUUUGACUUUUCAAUUAUAUAGAGUAUGUUUUGUGCGCAAAAAAAUACCUCUGCGCAGACCCUCACACUGUGCUCAUACUGAGAUGGGAAAAAAACCUAGCAUUUGUUGACUGAUGCCAUAUGACAAGUUCCCAAUCCGUAGCUUUAAAAUGCCGUAAAA